AUGUCAUUCUCAAGUGAUGAAUUGAACCUUCUCGUCUUCAGAUAUCUUCUAGAAGCUGGCUUUGAACACACGGCUUUCGUCUUUGCCGCUGAGUCUCGGGUAUCACAAGUUGAAACGAGCUCCAGAGAAAUUCCCCAUGCUGCACUCAUUAAAAUUCUUCAACGGGGAAUGUUCUACGCUGAAUCUGAGCUCAUCUCUAUGGUGCCCAAUGCAAAUGAAGCCAGUCAAGUGCUCAAGGAACGAUUGACACUCUUCGAUGCAGCCCAAGAGAAAGAAGUCCUUCGGCACAAGAUGAGAGAUGUGGCAGCGGCGGCGGCCGAGCUUUCGAUAAAAGCUGAAGACGGUCCAUCCACCAGCAAUGACAAUCAAUUGAGCGCUACUUCAAACGAUUCCCAAAAAGCGCGCGAUCGCCAAGCGAGAAACGAUCGUCAAUGCAACACUCCCAAGCAGAAUGGCGUCUCAAAAAAGGGAUUUGCAAAGAUUAAACAAGAGGUCGAGAAUUCCCCAAAUGGAGUCCUCCCGGUGAUCAAGAAACAAAUGGCUGCAUCAAUGGCAUACUCUCAAGGAACGAAUGGAGUCAACGGAAAUGAGAAAGGAAAGGAUUUGAAUCUAGAACACAUUGAGAUUGAAAAAAGUCGAGUGCGAAUGUUCAAGAAACAUCUGCAUGAGGUGUUCAUUUGCUCGUGGAGUCCGAAAGAGGAUGUGCUGGCGUCGGGCUCCGGUGACUCAACAGCACGGAUUUGGAAUCUCCAAGAUUGUGAAGACAUGCGAAAUCCGGAUUCAAAAUAUGAGAAUGGCUAUUUAUUUAAACAUUAUCUUGGAGUGAUACAACAAGAUCAAAAACCGGCAAAUAAAGACGUGACAUCGAUUGAUUGGCAUCGAAAUGGAGGGAAGAUAGCGACCGGGUGUUAUGAUGGUUUUGCGAGGAUUUGGGACACCACAAAUGGACAACUUCAUUCAACUCUGGGUGCUCAUAAAGGACCGAUCUUUGCGUUGAGAUGGAAUCCCUCUGGUGACCUUGUUCUUUCAGCCGGUGUUGACAAAUCAACAAUUGUUUGGGAUCCGAUAAAAAGUCAAAACAAGCAACAAUUUCAAUUCCAUUCCGCGUCAGCUCUCGACGUUGAUUGGAUCUCCGAUGACACUUUUGCAUCUUGUUCCACCGAUCAAACGAUUAAUGUUUGUAGAGUUGGAUGUGAUCGACCGAUUCGCACGUAUACGGGUCACGCUAGUGAGGUGAACGCGGUUCGGUUCGAUUCUUUCUCGAAGAGACUCGCCAGUUGUUCUGAUGAUAUGUCGAUAAAAAUUUGGUCGCUAACAGAAGAUGAACCAGUUCAUACUUUUAAACAACAUUCGAGAGAGAUCUAUACAAUUCGAUGGUCACCACAAGGAUCAAUUCUGGCGAGUGCUUCAUUUGACACAACGGUUCGCGUUUGGGAUGGAAAUGAGGGCAGAGAGGUGGCCGUUCUCCAUCGACACACCGAUCCUGUGUACUCUGUGGCAUUCGGUCCUAAUGGGAAAUUCAUCGCCUCGGGUAGCUUCGAUCGUUCAGUAAUCGUCUGGGAUGUAAAUAUGGCUCAACCGGUGACUGCUUGGAAAGGAAAUAAAGAAGAGGGCGGUGUUUUUGAAGUAGCCUUUAAUCGAACGGGAGAGAAACUCGCUGCUUGUACAUCGGAUGGAGCGUUAAUCAUCAUGGACAUUCGUUUCCUGAAGCGUGGUCACGAUGGAACCAUUCAUCCAUUGCAUCGAAUCAACACCUCAAGA